CCGAUUGAUAAAUAUAGAGAUGGCGAUAAAGUCGUAAAGACUCAACAACAGGUCAAUGAAGUAACUGGAAUUAUGCAUAGUGCCAUUGGAGGUAUGAUUGAUAACCAACACAAGGUAUCUGAUCUCCAAGAGAAGUCAGAGGUUAUGGACCACAAUGCCAAGAACUUCACCAAGCAGACAAAGGAUAUCAAGAGGAGGAUGUGCAUGAGGAAUGCAAAGAUAACGAUAUUAAUUAUUGUAGUUAUACUGAUACUGCUAGCAAUUAUACUGGUACCUACCCUGAUCCAUGUUACCAAGGGAAGGAAU